AUGGUGCAUGGAAUGAAGUUCUGUUGUCGUCGCAUUCACAAUUCAAAUUUCGAAAAUAAUUCAGUUCAAAGAACAUGUUGUAUUGUUUCUAUCAAUGUAGUAAUUAGUUUCGUAGCGCCUUUCCUCGACACAAUACAUUUUGUCAUACUUGCAGUUUCAGCUUUGAACAUUCUAAGGCAAAUUCUUUGUCAGAGACUUUACAAUGUAAACUUAGAAAGUUAA